UCGUAUCUCGCACCCGUUCAGUCGUUCUGCCAAUACGUGUUUGGUAUACCAGAGAUCGUGUAUGAAGUGAAGUUUCGUUUACUCUUUUUCAAAUAGGUUUUGUGCGCCGACCCAAGUUAUCGAGGAGUCAACAAUUUUCGAAACAUGAAGAAAGAACGAAACGAAUGGUGGAUUGCAACAAUUUUACUUGCCGCAUUAUUGAUAAUAAAAGAAGUGAAUAUAAUAAAUGGACAGAAUAUAACAUCUGAGGAUAAACUAUCUACGAAAAAAGCAGAGAAGAAACUGUCAGAUUUAGAGGGAUCGGAAACUAGUUAUAAUUUUGCUUAUACGAAUGCGUUCGAAAAUGCGUACAAUACAUUUCCUUAUCAGACGUUUUCUACUUUUCCAACAUUUUCUAUUUUUCCAUAUAACAGAGAAAACUUAACGAAUAAUAUUCACCAAGAGAUUAGAUGCGGGGACUCGUUUCCCCGUAAUUGUGAAAAGGCAAGAUAUCGAACGUACGAUGGCUCGUGUAACAACUUGAACAAUCCCACGUGGGGUAUGGCAAACACGAGAUAUGGACGACUUUUGCCGGCGAAUUACGGAGACGGGAUACAAUCACCUACGAGAUCAAUAACCGGAUCACAAUUACCACUUGCUCGAAUGGUCAGCUACACGUUAUUUCCAAACGUCAACAUAGAUGAUCCUAUAUGGACACUGGUGGCAAUGCAAUGGGGACAAAUUAUUACCCACGAUAUGGGUUUGAUCGAAGGCACCACUCAAUCAAAGCCGCACAAGACAAAAUGUUGCACCGACGACGGCCAAUUGUUCAAAGAUCCAUCGUUGCUUCAUAGAACGUGUUAUCCCAUGCUCAUACCUUUCAACGAUCCUAUCUACAGCAAGACUAACAUAAGAUGUCUCAACUUCGUUCGUAGUACGACUGACCUUGACCACGGUUGUUCAGACCGAUUCAAACCAGCAGAACAGCUGAAUGUGGUAACACAUUUUUUGGAUCUUUCCCUGGUUUAUGGAUCCAGCGAUCAAGUAGCAGCUAAUUUACGAGCAGGUGUCAAUGGACGCUUGAGGGUGGACGUUCGAACCAACAGGGAAUGGCUACCCUCGGCACCAAACGCAUCCGAAUCGUGUGACAUAGUGAAACCUGUCGAAGUUUGCUAUCUAGCAGGCGAUAAUCGAGUCAACCAGAAUACUCAAUUGACCAUUUUACAAAUAAUACUGCUUAGGGAGCAUAAUCGUAUCGCUAAUGCCUUAACUAAAUUAAAUCCUCAUUGGACGGAUGAAACAAUUUUCCAAGAGACCCGAAGAAUUUUAAUCGCUGAACAUCAAUAUAUUUCGUAUUACGAGUGGCUGCCAAUAUUUUUAGGCAGAAGGAGUACGUACGGUAACAAAAUUUUGUAUAAAACGAACAAUUACGUGAACGAUUAUAAUCCAAACGUGAAUCCAAGUACUCUAAACGAGCAUUCGAACGCAGCAUUCAGAUAUUUCCAUUCCCUUAUCGCCGGUUUCCUCGACUUGGUGAACGAGAACCGGUUUUCAGACGGUGCCGUGAGGCUCAGCGAUUAUUUCAACAGGCCAAUAAUUAUCGAGCAAAAUGACAAUAUGGACGAGUUGACAAGAGGCAUGUCUUAUCAACCGCAAAAAGCCAGCGAUCAAUACUUUGAUCCAGAGAUCACUCACUUCUUAUUUAGAAAUGGAAGACCAUUAGGAACAGAUCUUCGUGCGACAGAUAUUCAAAGGAAUCGCGAUCACGGUUUAGCAUCGUACAACAAUUACCGGGAAUAUUGCGGUUUGCCAAGAGCCGAAAGCUUCCAAGAUUUUACAGAUUAUAUUUCUUCCUUGAACGUAGAAAAAUUGGCUCAAUUAUAUGUCAGUCCUGAUGACGUAGAAGUGACUGUCGGAGGAUCGUUAGAGGAACAUGUUCCAGGAACACUCACUGGACCUACGUUCCUGUGUAUUUUUGUGGAACAAUUUUAUCGAACGCGAGUAGGUGAUCGUUAUUGGUUCGAAAGAAGUGAUCAAAAAUUAGCAUUCACUAUAGAACAAUUAAACGAGAUUCGGAAAACUAGCAUAGCUAGAUUAUUUUGUGAUAAUGGUGAUAAUAUCCAACGUAUGCAACAAAGAGGUUUCGAAAAAGUAUCUCAAUUUAAUCCUAUUGUAAGCUGUGACGAUAUUCCUUCGAUAGAUCUUUCAUUAUGGAAAGAUUAUGCUCCGACACUAACGACACAACAUAUAGCAUUCUCGAAUUUUAAGAAAUAAAAAUUAUUAACUGCGAUAAUUAUUAUACAUUUGCCAAAUAUCAAUUUACUAGAUAAUCUCAAUGCUACGUGAAGUAUUAUUAAUUAAUUUAAGAGUUAUAUAAUAUAUAUAUAUGUGUAUAUAUAUAUUU